AUGUAUCCAACACCAAUGUUUACAGACCCACGAACAGCGACACCGCUGUACAUUGCGGCGAUGCAGGGACACCUGGGCGCGGUGAAGGUGCUCCUUCACGCCAAGGCAAACCCUUUGCUGACUCGGUCGUCGGAAUGUUCAGGCAGGAGCUUCGUCCCGCUGGAAGUCGCGGCGCAGACCGGCCGAUCGGCAGUGGUGAGAGAACUGUUGCGCGAAUUUGGUAUCCGUUGCUGUGGUGGGCCGAGUGGUAGGUUGUUAGAUGCUCUCCGCGUCGCCGCAGUGUAUGGACAGGUUGACAUAAUGUCGAUAAUCAUGGGUGCCGGAGUGGUGGAUCCUGUCGGGCUAGCCCUUCUCGCCGCCGUCGGGAGCGGCAAGGAGGCAGCGGUAGGAUUUCUUUUGCGGCAGCAGCAGGAGCGGUGGCAAACUUCUUACGUGAACACCGCCUGCGACGACGAUGGCUUGACGGCUUUGCUGUGGAGCUUCGGGGGAAACAAUAACAAGCCGUGCAACCCCAGGAUCACGCGGCGUCUUGUGGACGCAGGGGCGGACACGACCUCGACCGUGCAGCUCCGCGCCGAACGCAGUCGCACCCGCGUCAAUAUGACGCCACUGGAGUACGUGAACGAGGCUACUCGCCGCGUGCUAUUGCAAGCGGUGGCCGUUCACGCAGUUUCUUGGAUGUGGCCCAGCGAUGACCCAGUUCUCGCACGUCCCGCAAAUAGCCCGAGAACGACCAAGCAUUCUCCGACUCCGCUGUCGACGAUGCUGACGGUCUUGAGGCGGAGGGCGAGAACGCGUGCUUCGCUUUGGGACACCCUGUUCAGGUGGGCGGUGACGCGGUUUUUCGACCGAAGCGUUGGGCGGUUUUACUGGAUUUUCUGCUGUGCCCUGAUUUCGCGACGUAGCGAAUCGGUUUUCCUACUUUUGUUGUGUUCCUGUCUUUGCUCUGCAGUAGGGUCUGGUCGACAUGAUCCGGUCGAGGUUACCAACAAAGAGGCGUCGGGAGAUCGCUGGGCGCCCACACGGUGA